GGGGCGGGGCAGAGGCUACCAGGCUGGCAAGCAGAGCGUCGAGAGCGAGGAAGCUGAUGCAACGCGGAGGCAGACCCCGGCUGGCGUGUGUCAGAGAGAGAGAGAGAGAGAGAGAGAGAGGAAAGGAAAGGAAAGCUCAUAAGGGUGGGUGAGCAACUGCUGGCACAAUGGGGCAUGAACUGACAGCACAGGAGAAAUAUCACUUGAUCACCCGAAAUUUGCAGGAAGUUCUCGGAGAGGAUAAGCUGAAGGCCAUCUUGAAAGAACGGGAGGUGAAGAUAUACUGGGGGACAGCCACGACGGGCAAGCCUCAUAUAGCCUAUUUUGUACCCAUGACCAAAAUAGUGGACUUCCUCAAGGCUGGAUGUGAGGUGACAAUUCUGUUUGCUGACCUCCAUGGAUACCUCGACAAUAUGAAGGCACCAUGGGAGCUUCUGGAGCUGCGCACCCAAUAUUAUGAGAACGUGAUCAAGGCAAUGCUGGAGAGCAUAGGUGUGCCUCUGGAAAAGCUCAAGUUCAUCCGGGGGACUGACUAUCAGCUCAGCAAAGAAUACACGCUGGAUGUUUACCGCCUGUCCUCUGUUGUCACCCAACAUGAUGCCAAGAAAGCCGGGGCAGAAGUGGUCAAGCAGGUGGAGCAUCCGUUGCUCAGUGGCCUCCUCUAUCCAGGACUGCAGGCACUGGAUGAAGAGUACCUCAAAGUUGAUGCACAGUUUGGAGGAGUGGAUCAGAGGAAAAUCUUCACUUUUGCAGAGAAGUACCUCCCCUCCUUGGGCUAUGCCAAGCGCAUCCACCUGAUGAACCCCAUGGUGCCAGGACUGACAGGCAGCAAGAUGAGUUCUUCAGAAGAGGAGUCCAAGAUUGAUCUCUUAGACCGAAAGGAGGAUGUGAAGAAGAAGCUCAAGAAGGCCUUUUGCGAGCCGGGGAAUGUGGAGAACAACGGGGUCUUGUCCUUCAUCAAGCAUGUGCUCUUCCCACUCAGAUCAGAGUUUGUGAUUCUUCGAGAUGAGAAGUGGGGAGGGAAUAAAACUUACACCCACUAUGGAGACCUCGAGAAAGACUUUGCUGACCAGGUUGUCCACCCCGGGGACUUGAAGAACUCCGUGGAGGUGGCCUUGAACAAGCUCCUUGAGCCCAUCAGAGAGAAGUUCAGCAGCUCACAAAUGAAGAAACUGGCCAGCUCUGCGUAUCCUGAUCCAUCCAAAGCAAAGCCUUCAGCAAAAGGCCCCACAAAGAACUCCGACCCAGAGGAAGUGGUGCCAUCUCGGGUGGACCUUCGUGUUGGCAGAGUGCUCAGCGUAGAGAAGCAUCCAGAUGCCAACACGCUGUACGUGGAGAAGAUUGAUGUGGGGGAGCCUGAGCCGCGGACGGUGGUCAGUGGCCUGGUGGAGCACGUGCCCAAAGAGGAGCUGCAGGACAGGCUGGUGGUCUUGGUGUGCAACCUGAAGCCUCAGAAGAUGCGGGGGCUGGAGUCCCAGGCCAUGCUGCUCUGCGCUUGCAGCGCUGGGGAGCCCUGCCAAAUAGAGCCCCUGGACCCCCCGGCCGGCUCCUGCCCUGGUGAGCGGGUGUUUGUGGAGGGCUACGAAGAAGGCCAGCCUGAUGAGGAGCUGAAACCCAAGAAAAAGGUCUUUGAGAAGCUGCAGGCGGACUUCCAGAUUUCUGAGGCUUCUGUGGCCCAGUGGAAGGGGAAGAACUUAAUGACCAAACUGGGGAACCUCACCUGCAAAACUCUGAAAAGCGGCAGCAUCCGCUAGCUGCCUCUGCCUCGCGCUUUCAGCUUAUGCGUGCCAGUUAUUGCCCGGCAAACAUCCUCCAUACUUACAUUGCACACUCCCAGCCAUGAGAUUCCAAACCAGCUGGACCUGACCCAUGUAAAAAUUGACAUGGCUUCCAUCUUUUGACAUGGACAGAAUGGGAGAAGGGCACCUAGAAGCAGGUGGCCAGUGCAAUGAGGCACCUCUCUCCAGGCAAGUCUUAUUUAUAAUGAGGAGAAAAGAGCCAAUGGCCUCAUCCUUCUGACUUCUGGUGGUGAUGGAAAUCUCUCCAGAUGUUGCAGGAGAAAAAGGAAAUGCUGCUGGCACAGAUCUGCCCACUUAGGAUGGGUUGGUCCACGUGCCUUCCAGGAUGUUUGUCACACUCUGCUUAAAACAGGUGGUCUAUGAUGUUGAGCUCAGACUCAGGCUGGCAAAAUUUGGAGAGGAGCUCUUACCAGAUUGGCAACGGUUAGGUCCAUCUGGCAUAAACACUGAAUUCCAAAUCAUCUGUCAUAUCCCCAAAUAAAAUGGUCACACCAUCUGG